AUGGAUAAUCGUAUCGAUCUUUGGAUCCCAAUCCGUCCUAACACUGAAAGUGAUAUCUUUCAUAUGGAGAAUGUUUUGGAUCUAAGAAAAUCCAUUGAAGAUGACAUACGCAAUAACAAUGUUGGAGUUGUUGUAAGCGAUCACAAUAAUAAAGAAAUAAUAAUGAAGGAUGUACUAUCAACAUUGAACAAUGCUGGAUUUUCAUCACUAGAUUUUGUUCAACCCGUUGUAAACAAUGUGGAUACCGGAUUCCUUGCUGCAAUAUGUUCUGGCGAAUACAUUGUACUCGCAUGGAUAUCCAAUCUUCCAACUGCAUCUGUCAGAGCAGUGAUGCAAGAAAAUACAGUAUCCAGGCCACAAAGGUCCAAAAAGAAAAAAAAGUUUGAUUUUGGUGAAUCUGACGAUGAAGAAUAUGAUACAAUUAAUAACAAGAGGGCGUCUAAAGAAAAUGAAAUUCCUGCUAUUGCUGGCUAUGAAGUCUUGAAUCAACCUUUUGAUAGUAUUGAUAGAUUUGAUUUUACUAAAUGUUUUGAAAAUUUCCCGGUUGCCAGCAAGAAGAUUUAUUCCAGUUUGUUGUAUGCAAAAACCCUGGCAAUUGUUGAUGUGGGUUUGUGUUACUCUAUAUUUGGUAUACAAGAUAGUAACGAUAAAGACUUGGUGUUUAAUAUUUAUUUCUCAGUUGGAACUUCAAUAAGAACAUUUAAAGUAAAAUUUGAGCGUGACGAUGUUACAUUUCCUAAUAUAAACGAUUCUAAAACGGAAAUUAGUCCAUUAAAAACUAUAGUAGAUUUAAAUAAAAAUAUAGAGAUGUUGAAAUGCUAUAAGUUAAUAUCAAGUAAUGAGGAUCAUCAUAUUAUUAUCGCUACGGUGGAAUCCUCCAUUUUGGUACAUAUAAUUGCCAAGAGCAUUACAAAAUAUAUAACUUGCGGAAAUAUCCCUAUAACGUCCUACUCCUUAGAACCUCUCUACAUGGUAGAUGGUAAUUUGGCGCAAAUAAACGCAAUUGAUUCUGGAAGUACAGUGUAUCGCAUCAUACUCGAUAACACAUACAAUCUCAAAAUUGAAGAAGUAAUAGACAAAAAUCCGGAUGCAUUGCAGUGCUUCACUGCAUGUGAGAACUUUAGUACAAUGACGUAUGAAUGUAUAAUAAGCGGACAAAUAAUUGAGAUGCGAGCAAAUAUACGCCAUAAUAGCAUAUUUAUUAGUGUACUCUUUGCCAUAAUAAACGGGAAUGGCUUGAGUCCCCUAAUACACUACAUCAUUGCAAAUAAGGGGAAUCUCAUUCCAAAGAAUACAAUAUUCGGACUUACGACUGGGGUGAACAGCGAAAGGGAACCCGUAAGCACAUGUGAAAACAUUGACGAUCUCAUGAAGACAAUAGAUGCCUAUGUAUCCGCCAAAGACGACAACCUCGUAAAAACAUUCUACGAUGCACUAGGGCACAUACAAGACGGUAAUAGAUCUAAAAUUGCCUUCACUCUCUACCUACUAGCUUGUCUGGAGGCAACUGGCGAAUUGCAACCAGAAAAUGAAAAGACAAUCACUUGUACAGAAUCUUCUAAAUCUAUACUAACAAAGAUUCUAAAAGAUCUAUCACCCACGAAUUAUGACUUGAAGAAGAUAUACAAGUUAAUGUCAAACGCUGAUCCAAAAAAUCACAUAGUACAAAUACUUAGAAAUCGCAGAUUGCCCUAA